UUAAAACGGUCACCGCCGGCACGGAAAAUGGCGUCUUACUUGGAAAAUAUGCAAAGUUAUUUCAAAAACAAUGGUAAAACUCGGGAAUUCGCCGCGCAUUCCUCGAAAGUUCAUUCAGUUGACUGGAACUCCGAUGGUAGAAAGCUUGCAUCUGGCUCUUAUGAUAAAACAGUAAACGUUUUCCAUUUGGAUCGCGAUAGAUUGUCAAAAGAUGUGACAUUUAGAGGCCAUGGUGACAGUGUAGACCAGUUAUGUUGGCAUCCAAAACACCCAGAUCAGCUAGUCACUGCAAGUGGAGAUAAAACUAUCAGAAUGUGGGAUGCCAGAACUAAUAAAUCUAUAGCAACAGUAAACACAAAAGGGGAAAAUAUAAACAUAUGUUGGUCACCAGAUGGCAGCACUAUUGCAGUGGGAAACAAAGAUGAUCUUAUCACAUUUAUUGAUGCCAAAACUCACAGGUCGAGGUUAGAUCAGCAGUACAACUUCGAAGUGAAUGAGAUUUCAUGGAACAAAGAUGGCGAUCUGUUCUUUCUUACCAGUGGCCAGGGAUCUAUACACAUUUUAAGUUACCCAGAUUUGAAAACUCAGCAUGUGUUAAAUGCCCACCCUGCAAACUGUAUAUGUAUAGAGUUUGAUCCAAAGGGACAGUACUUUGCCACUGGGAGUGCAGAUGCUCUUGUCAGUUUGUGGAAUCUCUCAGAGUUGGUGUGUGUUCGAACGAUAUCAAGGUUAGAUUGGCCAGUUAGGACGAUGAGUUUCAGCCAUGAUGGGAAAAUGCUAGCUGCAGCAUCAGAAGAUCUUGUAAUUGACAUAUCAGAAGUUGAAACAGGUGAAAAAAUUGCAGAAGUACCCUGCGAGUCACCAACAUUUACUGUGUCAUGGAAUCCAAAGAAACCUCUCUUAGCAUUUGCUUGUGAUGAUAAAAGUGAAAGAGAUCGUGACAGGGACGCUGGGACAGUAAAAUUGUUUGGUCUCCCUGGAGAUCAUUAGUAACAAAAUAUGGAAAACCUUUCUUAUAUAUACAGAAAUUAGGGUCUGUCAGAUGGAAAAGGUCUUUCAGUGUACUCUUGAAGUUGGAAUGUUUAGAUCGACUGGGAGGUGUUAGACAAAAGUAUGGAAAAACCAGAGUUUGUGUAACAAAGAACAUGGAUUGAAAUAGGUAGUACAAAGACUCCUGAGCAUGUGAUCAUGUUUGAUUGGCAUCUUGUAAAUUUGACUAAUGUACAAGCUGUAUCAUAAGAAAAGAAUCCAGAUGAAGCCAGUUUAUAGAAUGAAUAUGAUAAAGUGUAGGUGAGAAAAUAUUUAUAAACAUGACUUGUGCAUGUAUUUGUGUAAAAAUUGUGAUUUACUUUUGGAGAAGCUUGUACUGAUAAAAAAUUCAGGAGUACAUUUAGGUACAGUUGCACCUGGUUUACAACUUUGAAAACAGCAACAAACCCAAGAAAAUAAAGACAGAAUAGAAGUUGGUUUUAUUUGUUAUUGAUCUUGGUGCACAAAGUUAGACAAGUCAUGAUUCAGUAAAAGUGAUUUUAUUUGGUAUGACAUCUUAUAAACUUGUAAAUAAUCUUGUUUAAGAUGUUGUUGAUUGUUGGAAAUAUUCAUCACUACAACACAAAAGAUAGCAUUGUAAAUUAGUGCUUUCCAUAUAUUAGUCUGUUAACAGUUCUGAUAAUGUGGUAAGUUCAAGAGAUUUCUCAUCAAAAUUUUGUAUCAGGGGAGUAGUAAGCCUAGUUUUAAACACCAUCAAAACCUUUCUGUUAAAACAAUUUUGGCAAUUUUUGCUUUUGAGAUGUUCCAUCGAAACAUUCACCAUUCUACUUAUACAGCAGGUUGGCUCUGCUGGUGUCAUCAUGUGAGAAGUCAUCCAUCUGGCUGACAGAUGGCUGAUGGUUCUAUCCUUGUUAAAGUAAUCCACAGAGGGACAGCUGGAGUCUUCCUCCACAUUAAAACUGGAAAACUAUCAGAUAUAUUCAACUAAGUCAGAGUGACUAGAAGCCCCCAGAACAGCAGGUUAGCUACACUUGUUUUGCAAAUAGGUGGAAUUUCUUGUAGAAAGAUUCUUCGUAGAGCCAGAAUAAGUUGCACUGUUUCUAUCCUGCUCAUUGGAUUUUAACCAAACUUGGAAAAGGACAAGCUGUGAGACUGGUUGUGCAUGUUUUGAUGUUUUUGGCUUGAAUGAUGUUUAGCAAAGAAAUUACUUUGAAGUAAUAGACAUAUUAUUUUUAAGAAAUAAACUUUUUACUUAAUGCUUAUUGUAUUUGUUGAAUGGUAUUUCAUUUUGUCAUUUAUGAAAUGAUAAUAAAGCUAUAUUUUUA